AUGCCUCGUUCAGUGGCUGGUUUUGGCCGCAAUAACGCAGCGACAGGAAGUGCGGCGACGAUGGCGGAAGAGGACUUCUUCUCUCUGCUUCUCAGCAACCACAUUGGAGGAGGUAGUGGGAUGCCUCCUGACGAGCAACAGCAGCAGCAGCGCUUCUUGCAAAAACAGCAGCGCCGAUCACGGCUGCAGCAGAGGGGGAAACAGCGGAAUGAGCAGCACUUCCGUGGCAUUACUAAGAGCAACUGCUCAGAUGGUAGCGAUGUGAAGGACGUUCUCCAAAGGCAAGUCCGUCCGCCUUAUCAUGCGUCGACAGCAGCACAUGGGGCUGUAGAGGCUGGUGCUGCAAAUACAGUGACUGCAAGUGCAGAGAGAUGGCAGCUGCUGCAGGGGGAACAGGUGCAGCAGUUGCAACGAAGUCGGUGGCAGACAGGAAUAGACAGUUUUCUGGAACGUCAGCGCGGGCGGCACCCUCUGCCACACCGUCAGAAACAACUCCAGCGACACCGGCAGAGGAUCCUGAGCCGACAAGUUAUUGCCCGCUGCAAAGGUGAUUCCCAACCGAUUAGUCGCACAAGCAGUAGUAGCAACGAUUCCAGGAGGUCGAAAUACUCGAAGCAGAGGGCGCUAAAUUGCUCUUCGCGCCUAAGGAGAGGCAGCUGCACAGGCACUGCAAGGCGCCGCAACAGUAGCAUUACCAGCGGCAGCUGCAACAAGAGGGGCACAGUCAGCGGCAAGCUCAGGAGAAGCAGUCGGGAGCCCCACUGUAGUAUCAGCGCAGGUACUGACGACACAGGUAGAGGGCAGAAACCAGCACGCCAUCUUAGAGCAAGCAGCAGCUGCAGGUGCAGUAAUAUAAACAGCAGCAGGAGCUGCUGCAGUAGACGUGCGUCUAGUAGGUCGCUUGCUGGACCGUGGGUGCAGCAGCAGCACCAGGACGCGAAGGAGCAGCAUGAGAUGCAAUCUCAGCAACAAAAGCAGCAGCGGCUGCAGCAGCAAGGAUUCCAUAGCGACAGCAGCAGAAGCAGCGAAGACUCUUUUGCAUCUCUCAUUUCCCGUAGUCGCCGCCUUCUGUUAGGGGGAUCGAGAAGCCUAGGGCAGCAGCAGCAGCACAUACGGCGGCAGCGGCAACCUGAACAGUUACUGCAGCCUAGACGACCGCAGUCGCAGUCUCGAUUAUUGCAGUCUGAUGACCUAGCAGGUUGGAAGGAGAGACAAACGCAGCAGCAGAACCACAGCAGCACCAACAGAAGCACCAGUUGCAGAUCAUUCAACAGCACCAACAACGUCAGCCGCAAGAAAGACGAUGCAAGCGCCACCAGGGAACGUAACUGUAGCGUAGACUCACCUCCGGAGUCCUUUCGCCAUUCCAGAGAUCCGCAGGACGAUGCCGGUUGGCCCGAGCAGCAGCAGAGAGCGGCGCAGCAGGAAGGAGGAGGACACCGACAGCAGCAGCAGGAAGAGCAGGGAAAGAAGCUUCGAGACGUGGAAGAUGCAAUACGGCAGGCAAGACUGCUGCUGCAACAGCAGCAGCAGCAACAGCAGAAACUCAAGGAGUUACAGGCGCAACAGCUAUUGCUGCAGAAACAGCAGCUGCAUCACCAAAAAGGCGAGAAAGAGCUGAGGGAGUGGCAUCAAGAGCUGCAGCAGGAUUCCAGGGAGCAGCAGCAGCGGCAGCGGGUGAUCGUCUCCCAACAACAGCAAAAGUGUCUCACUGCUGCUGCAGCUGCUGCUGUUGGUGCGUUGCAGCAACAGCUCCAGCUUCUCCGAGUUGGAGCAGCUGCAGCCGCAGCAGCUCAGGCAGCUGCAGCGCAUGACAUACAGAAGCAGGAACUGCAGAAGAGCAUCACAUUGCUGCAACUGGAGCUGCAGAGCACUGUGGGUGCUAAGCAACAACAGGAAAAGCUUCAAGAGGAACAACGUGAAGCAGCAGCAGCGGCAGCAGCGCAAGAAGUUGAGGAGCGCCUAAGGCACCAGCACUCGAUGCACCAACAAUACACGGAGCAGAUCCAAGAGCUCCAGUGUGCCCACCAGAAAAAGAUACAGGAAGUCCAACAGCAGCAUCAAAGGCAGCUGCAGCAGCAGCUCCUUCAGCAGCAACAAGCAGCCAGGAGCGAAAGAGAACAGCUGCAGCAGCAACUACAGGAGGCUCAAGAAGCACUAGAAACACUCAGACUACAGAGAGAAGAUGAAAAGGCAGAAAAGGACAAGCUGCAGCGAGCCGAGGCAGCCGAGUUGCGGCGAAUGAAGGAAAGCAACAUCCUCCUUCGCCAGCAGAUGCAGCAGCAGGAGCAACAGAUACAGCAGCAGCAGCAGCAGCUGAACUUGCUGCACGAGCAGACCGAGAAAGAUGCGCAAGAGCGGCGGGAGAAGCAGCAACAGCAGGAACAGCAAAUGCUGCAGGCUGUGGCGCAGCUGAACGCAGCUGCCUCUCAUAAAGAGGCCAGACUGCAGAGUCUGCAGCGCGAGAAAGAAGCCGACAAACUACAACUGGAGAGGGAGAAGCAAAUGGUACUGCUGCAGUCUGAGGAGCUGGAAGAAGCACGCCAACGGCUUGCUGCAGCAAUCUCACAGCAGCAGCAGCAACAGCAGACUCUCCAUGAGCAGCAACACCAGCUCUUACGGUUGCAGCGGCAGCACCAGCAGCAAAAAGACGAAAUCGCAACACUGCAACAGCAGCUGCAACAACUGCAACAACAGAAUGAAGCUGCUGAGCGGGAACACGAAGAGCGAUAUGCACACCUCCAGGCUGAGUCAAGCCAGCGGUUACAACAGUUACUGCAGCAGGAGAAGCAGCUGCGGCGGGAGAUUGCGGCGCAGCGCGAGUUGUUUCGGAAAGGCAGUAGCAGCACAGACGAGCUGCUGCUUGCAAAGCACGAGCUAACUACGUUAAAGCACGAAUUGCAGGAAUUACUAGCUGAGGAAACAGGAAAGCGCGAGGCCUUACACCGACAAAAUGAGCAGCAAAAGCAGGAAAUUGCCACAAAGCAGCAGCUUCUGCGCUGUCUCAUGCAGGAGAAGGCGGCGCUGGAGGCGCAACUGUCUCAACUGCAGCAACAGCAGCAGCAACAAGAACAACAAUACAAGGACGCGUGCAAGCAGCACGUAGCACAGACCCUUCAGCUGCAACAGCAGCGAGAGGAAGAGCAGCAGAAGACACAACAACUACAGGGCAAACUGGAGCAACAGCAGCAGGAGUUGCUACUCCAGCAACAAAAACUCGGCUGUCUGGCGCGCCAGAACAAGGAAAAGGAGCACCAGAUGCUGUUGCUACGUCGGGAAGAAGCAGCGCUUUAUGAGCGUCUAGAUUCAGAGUCAGCAACAGCGACAAAGCUGAGAGAAGCACUAUCUACGGCACAGCAGACGGUACAACAGCAGAGACAGCAGCUGCUGCAGCUGCAGCAGGCGUGCAUGAAAGGAGGAGAACGGGUUGACGAGGAGCUUCUGAAACAAACGAACCCAAACACGCCUGCGGUGGCGGGAGCCAUGGUUGCUGCUGCUAUUGACACCGUAGCAGAUCCAUCUGCCUCAUCGCUUACCUUUGAUUCUACGAAGGCUAAAUGCGUAGGCGAAGCCGUUGUAACAGAUGCACUAACGGUGAAUCGGACGACGGACAGCACGCAUUCUCUAGGCGCUGUGCUGCUGCAGAAGCUGCCGCGAGAAAUUCUUGACCCGUCGACGGCCAAGGAUGACGGGCAACAGCAACAAAAACACAACUCAGAAGCACCUAAGCAAAGCCGACAGAGUAGCGCCGAUACGUGUGACACAGAACUACAUGCCGAUGGCAAUUCCAGCGGCUGCAGCAUCCACGCUGCGCACGAAGAGCAAAGCAACAGAAGAAGCAGCAGCAGCAGCUCCAUCCGAACGAGAAGUGCAGGAAGCGACAGGAGCAACUGCAUUAGUUGUGGCAGCAGCAAGUUCAGGAGUUCUUUUAGCCUCUUCCGCCGUAGGGGUAAAACCAGGCGUAGCGACAUGGGCUGCAGCACGGAGGUGCACUCGCAGCAGCCACUGCAACCCGAAGACACACCUCGAUUCGGUCCAGCAGCGUAUCUGCUGCAAAAAUUGUCUAACCCCCCACUUUCACGCGACACAGAGAAAGAGCCGACGCAGCAACCGACGGAAGCAUCAGCAGGAAGCUUGAACAUGGGCAACGCUUGCGGCAGCAAGGAGAGCAGUGGAGGCAACCACCUUGCGGUGCUGCAACGCGAGCUGAGUGGAGUCAGUAGGUCGAUAUUCGCUGCUAGAAAACGUAUGAGGCAGGUGCAGCAGCAGCGGCAGAAUGUGUGGCGGCAGCGCCAAAUCCUUGAAAGACAGCAGCAAAAGCGACAGCAAGAAGAGGCUGAAAUAUAUGAGCUGCUGGCGCGACAGUCAUGCUGCUGUGAAAUAGCGUAUCAAGAUCUCCUACAGCAAAGCAUCAGGUUUGCUUCGGCUGUCAGAAACAAGCAGAAGCUUGAGGCUGCUGCUGCUGCCUUGGCUCCCCCGGGGGACCCUGCAUUCGCAGCAACGGAAUGUGUGGCUGCUAAUAUAGAAGCACGAGCUGAUGACGCAGCGCACGGCCACUUUGAAGGUUUUUUUGCUGCUUCACAGGAAGCAGACAACGAAGAGGCACUGCGUAUUCUGCUGGGUGCAGCAGGCAGGAGCAAAGUGCGUGCUGCAAUUCAGUAUUGGACAAGGGAAGCAAGCAGCGCCAAGUGGAUACUGCAGCGCGCGCAUGCGGAGAGAGAUACAGCAGCAAACACUAGGCAGGAUGCUCAGCAACAGUUGCAGCAGCUGCAGCAACGAGCAGACGCAGAAAGGCAGCAACUGCACCAGCUGCAGCAGGAGGAGCUUGCACUGCAGUCGGAGGAGAUGCUAUGUGGGGACGAGCUCCGGAAUUUAGCCAGCAAGGAACAGCAGCUGCUACUACAAUCCCGUCAAGGACACAACCGCAGCAGCAGCAGAAGCUGCAGUAGAGUGCUUCCUUCAAGGACGCGCACACACUCUUCCAACAGCAGCAGAAGCAGCAGCAAAAGCGGGACAGGCGGAAGUCGUAGUGCUUCAGCAGAGCCGCAUACCCGGAGCAGCUGCAGCAGAGCGAAGUGCAGUGAACUCCCUUCGUUAUCUUCUUCCGCUGCUUCUGAUGACGGAGAAACCAGCAGCGGCAGAGGCCUGAGAGCCCUAGAUUCUCUCGAAAAGCUGUUGCAGCAGCACAGCAUGUUUCCCGUGUCCCCUUCGCUGGCGCAUGGAGAUCCAGAUGUGGCAGCAGAAGCAGCAGCAGCGGGAGUUAUGGAUACGGAGCAUUCCCGCAGCACAUUUUGCUCCUUCUGGGUGCAGCUUGAAGACAGCUCGGGGCUCUAG